UCUUGUAAAGAUGGCGACGGUGAGGCACAGAGGAGUAAAAACUGGACACUGUACCGUUAUUAAACGCCACUGGACCAGACACCGUAAAAACUGACAGGGCAGCGGGAGCGAAAGUUAAUCGACCCAUUAGUCAGCAGCAGCUUCCUGUUUGGUCCUGCGUGACGUCGCUGCGGUCCUGUUCGCUUUUGUUUUCGGUUAGACUUUCGAUGCCUUGGAUAGCUCGUUAGCUUCAAGUUGGAAAGCGAAUGCUAGCCCGGGCUAGCUGUGUAGCUCCAUCGGCUGCUGGGAGCUCUGUGUACGGCAUUCAUGGAUUGAUAGCCCGAGCAGUGUGAAUACACAGCAUGUAUGUACCUAUGUAAAGUUUUAAUUCGUACGGGAACAGCGCCCAUGGCUCGCUUGGAUUAAAAACACUCGAGGAGGAAUAAGGGGCACCGACAUUGCGACACUGUUUGGAGUGUCGAGGCGGAGUGAGUUUGCCGUCAUGUAUUUUCUAACCGGCUGGCCCCGGAGGCUGCUUUGUCCGCUGAGGAGUGAAGAGGAGCCCUUCCACAUCCAGCCCAGCUCCCAGAGGUUUUACUUCGCCGUGCUAUCAGAGACUCAGCUCAGCAUCUGGUUCAGUCGGCCCAGUGUUUUGAUAGUCAGCUAUAUCGAGUCUGCAAAGGCGGCUGCCCAGUUUGGCUUCUACCAGAAGGCAGAAUGGAAACCAGACGACUCCAUGAUAGCUGUGGCAACUGCCAAGGGCUACAUCCUCUUGUUUGAUGUGCUGGGUGGAGGGGAUGACAAGUACCUCUAUGAGCCUGUCUAUCCAAAAGGAAGUCCUCGUGUGAAGGUGACCCCGGGUUACAAGGAGGAGCAAUGUGCCCCCGCUCUGUCUUUAGAGAUGAAGAAGCCUGUGGAUCUGGAGGCCCCCAUCACCAGUCUGCAGUCCCUCCAGGAGGACUUGUUGGUGUGCACCGCAGACGGCUACCUCCACGUGCUGCACUGGGACGGGCUGGGCAGCAACGGACGCAAGGCCAUCUGCCUCACUACAAUCCCCUUCUCGCUAGACCUGCAGUCUGCUCGAGGUGGUCCUUCUCUUGACCUGGAAGGAGUGCAUAUCCGUUGUAUGGAGUAUUGUGUGACCCUGGACGGCUUCGCUGUGGUACUGAGUGAUGGGCGCCUGGGCUUUAUCACACCACUGAGCAACACCAUCACAGCAGAUCAGCUGCAGGGCGUCUGGGCAGCAGAUGUGACCGAUGGCACCUGUGUGGCUGUCAACAACAAGUACAGACUGAUGGCCUUUGGCUGUGCCAGCGGCUCAGUGCUGGUGUACAUGAUAGACACCACGACAGGAUCCAUGCAGCUGUCCCACAAACUGGAGCUCACGCCAAAACACUACCCAGACACCUAUAACAAGACGGGCCCAGUCAAGCUGAUCUGCUGGUCACCUGACUACAGCGUUGCCAUGGUUACAUGGGAGUGUGGCGGCCUAUCGCUGUGGAGUGUCUUCGGAGCUCACCUCAUCUGCACUCUGGGAGAGGACUUUGCGUAUCGUUCUGAUGGUACCAAGAAAGACCCUAUUAAAAUCAGCUCUAUGAGCUGGGGAGCAGAGGGCUACCACCUUUGGGUGCUCCCUUACAAACAGGAUAGGAGGAGGCAGGAAGAGCAGCAGCAGGAGGAGGAGGAGGACAUGGACACACCCUCUCACCCCUCCCUGCAGGCCGGCAUACUGCAGUUCCACUUCAUCAAGAGUGCCCUCACAGUCAACCCCUGCACGAGUAACCAGGAACAGGUGUUGCUCCAUGGUGAAGACCGCCUCUACCUGACCUGCGGUGACCCCUCGCAGGUCCACAGCACCUCUGACACACACCUGCACGCACACUUACACCCACACGACGGCAGCCCACUGCACCAUCCCCCCAACCCCGACUCCUCUCUCUCUCAGGGACUCAGCACUUUACUGGGACACAAGCACUGGCACGUGGUCCAGAUUCACAGCACAUACCUAGAGAGCAACUGGCCUAUUCGGUUUGCAGCCAUAGACACAGCAGGCCAGUGCAUGGCUGUAGCGGGGAGGCGGGGCUUUGCACACUACUCCUUAUUUACAAGGAAAUGGAAGCUGUUUGGAAACAUCACUCAGGAGCAGAACAUGACGGUGACAGGAGGUCUGGCUUGGUGGAAGGACUAUGUGGUGGUGGCCUGUUACAACUUUACAGACCAGCAAGAGCAGUUGCGGCUCUAUCAACGCUCAUCCAACCUGGACAAUGCCUUUGCAUCCGUCACCAAGCUGCACUCAGACACUCUGCUGCUUAACGUGUUCAGAGACAUGGUCAUCCUGUUCAGAGCUGACUGCUCCAUCUGCCUCUAUAGCAUAGAGAGGAGGAGCGACAGUCCACACCCGACAGCCAGCGUUGAGUUGUUGCAGGAGGUGUCAAUGUCUCGCUACAUCCCUCACCCUGCCCUCGUGGUCUCCGUCACGCUCACCUCUGUGCGCACAGAAACAGGCAUCACAUUGAAAGCCCCGCAGCAGGCCUGCAUGGCAGAGAGCAUCAUGUUGAAUCUGGCUGGCCAGUUGAUCAUGCUGCAGAGGGACCGUUCAGGACCGCAGGUACGAGAGAAGGAAACACCUGCCAACAACAAAAAGCUGCUACCAUUUUGUCCUCCAGUGGUGCUGGCCCAGUGUGUGGAAAACGUGUGGACCACCUGUCGCUCCAACAGGAAGAAGCGCCACCUGCUGGAGGCCCUGUGGUUGUCCUGCGGUGAGGCGGGCAUGAAAGUCUGGCUGCCGCUGUUUCCUCGAGACCAUCGCAAGCCCCACUCCUUCCUCUCCAGACGCAUCAUGCUGCCCUUCCACAUCAACAUCUACCCUCUGGCCGUGCUGUUCGAGGAUGCCCUGGUGCUGGGGGCAACCAAUGAGACUGUGCUCUAUGACGGGCUGCAGGGAUCCUCCGAGCCACUCGAGGCGCUGUUUCCCUUCUGCACCGUAGAGAGGACUUCCCAGAUCUACCUCCAUCACAUCCUGAGGCAGCUGCUUGUUCGCAACUUGGGUGAACAGGCUUUGAUGCUGGCUCAGUCAUGUGCCUCCCUCCCCUACUUCCCCCAUGUCAUGGAGCUGAUGGUGCACGUUGUGCUGGAAGAAGAGGCGACGUCGCGGGAGCCCAUCCCAGACCCUCUGCUGCCCACCGUGGCCAAGUUCAUCACCGAGUUCCCCCUCUUCCUCCAGACCAUCGUCCACUGUGCCAGGAAGACGGAGUACGCCCUGUGGAACUACCUGUUUGCCGCUGUGGGAAACCCCAAAGAUCUAUUUGAGGAGUGUCUCAUGGCUCAAGACCUGGACACAGCAGCCUCCUAUCUUAUUAUACUGCAGAAUAUGGAGGUUCCUGCAGUGAGCAGACAACACGCCACUCUACUCUUCAACACGGCGCUUGAGCAGGGCAAGUGGGACCUCUGCCGGCACAUGAUCCGAUUCCUCAAAGCCAUUGGCUCUGGGGAAAUGGAGACUCCGCCCCCGACACCUACCACUCAGGAACCCAGCUCAACAGGCGGUUUUGAGUUCUUUAGAAAUCGAAGCAUCAGUUUGUCACAGUCAGCAGACGCCAUCACUACGGGCAAGUUCAACCUGCAGAAGACUUUCAGUAUGCCCUCCGGACCCUCUGCUAAAGGUCGGGAUGUGGAGUGCGCAGAGAACAUGUAUAUCGACAUGAUGCUCUGGCGCCACGCCCGCCACCUCCUUGAGCAGGUACGCCUCCGCGACCUGGGUUGCUUCUCUGCACAGCUGGGCUUCGAACUCAUCGGCUGGUUGUGUCGCGAACGAAACCGCGUGGCCCGCGUUGAGGAUUUUGUGUCUGCAUUGAAGAAACUCCACAAGGAUUUUCUCUGGCCCUUCCCAGUUAUUCCUGUGGGAAGCAUCAGCUCACCUCUGAAGAACGGACGGUGUCGCACAGUGCUGAGCACACGGCUGUUAAAGUCGCAGUCAGCCGACAGCCUGUUGAACAGCGACAUGGACACAGCGCCCCCUCAGGCAUCUCCCACCAACCACACCUGGCUGGACGGGCUCGGGCAGAGGCCCAAAGACAUGGACACGGCCUCGUCCGCUCACUCCACCCAGCACUCGCCACAGACACAUGACGCGUUCCUUUCCCUGCUCACCAACAAAGUGGAAGAGUACAGCGUCGGCUCGGCCACAGACUUGACAGAGACCAGCUCAGUGGUGGAUGGAGAUUGGACGAUGGUUGAUGAAAACUCCUCCACUCUGAGCCUGAGCCAGGCUGAGCUGGAGCACAUCUCCAUGGAGCUGGCAAACAAAGGACCGCACAAGUCGCAGGUGCAGCUCAGGUAUCUCCUUCAUGUGUUCAUGGAGGCGGGAUGUCUCGAGUGGUGCGUAGUGAUUGGUUUGAUCCUUCGGGACGCCGGCGUGAUAAAGCAGGUGAUCGGCUUCCUGGACAGCCCCGAAGUUCCCCAAGAAACUGUGCAGAGUGUUUGUAACGGCUUAUUAGCUGUCGACGCAUGGGUCUCCACUGACUGUCUGGGAUACAAACCAUUUCUCAACCUGAUCCAGCCGCAGCUCCAGCAGCUGAUGGAUUCAGCAGCUGAGCAGGUGCAGCCCGAGGCCUUCCAGCCCACCAGCCAGAGCUCCAAGCUCGGUGGCUCCGAGGGGCUGGGAGGUGCUGCGGUACCACGUGCAGAGGACAGUAGAGGAGUAGCGGCUCCGCUGGGCCUGGCCCUGCCCUCUCUGGAACCUGCAGGGGGUUUUCCCCGUCCCCCCUCUGAGGACUGUCCUCCCGAACAGACAGAGGAGCAGGGGGAUGAAGAGGGAGCCUACGACUGCACCUUGUCCUGAAGCCUGGAGCCUCCUCUGGACUCUGAACUGUGAACUCGAGGCAAAUAGUGGAGGAAGCAGCAGCGGCAGCAGCAGUGGCUGACUGGAAAUUUAUUUUUGUGUGUAUGUGUGUGUGUGUGUGUGUGUGUGUGUGUGUGUGUGUGUGUGUGCGCACACAGAAAGUACCUCUCCUGCAGGUUCUUACUCCAGUCAGUAUUAUCCACUCUCCUGAUUGACCCUUUGUGUCCAUUAGAACCCCCGUGGAUACCGAGCUAAUAACAGAACGACAGACAGCCAGGCUGGCACAAGGACACCACAGCACAACCGGAGAUAGGGUUCAGUCUGAUGGUUCCCCUCUAACAGGCUUCGUUUUACCAAAAUGUGCUGUUAGACAAAAGGCCACCAAUGUCAGUUUGUGCGUUUAUACAUCAGGUUGUGGUGCUGUAGACCAGCACAGGAAAGCACCAGUCUUUUUUUUUUUUUUAAUUAUUAUUCCAAGACAGAUGUUUUGUGUGCGUAACUUUUCUUUGGCACUCAUCCAAGUGCAGCCUGGAGACUUUGAAAUCUUAAGAGCUCCAUUGUUUCCUUUGGUUUAAUGCAAACAGUGCAAGAAUCAGUUCAAAGACAAAAAAAACAAAACAAACCUGAGUGUAUUUGCAUCAUGCUACAUUGCUAAGCAAAAUGUAGAACAAAGCUCUUGUCAUGAACCAUUUACAGGAUGCACUGAAGUGUGUCUGAGCCUACAGUACAGCGUGCAGUUCUGUUUGUGUGCACAAGAGGUGUUUCAUACUUUCAUACCUCAUAUGAUUUAAAAAUAUUUUGUGAUACCUUUUUUCAAUAAUGUAACAGUGUACAAGAUAAUAUUAUUUUUCUAUCAAUUACAGCUUGUCCCUCCCUGUACAAAAGACAAAACUCAUGGUAUGAAUUCUAUGUAAUUCUUGAGAAGUGACGACCUUAAGAUUUCUAAGAAAGUGAUCUCUGAGAAGAAUCCACUGUUGCGAGUGCAGACUAGUUUUUUACCACAGAUCAGUACCUCUGUUCAGAUUUUUUUCCCCAUGCACCAACGCCCUGACUUUGUUGAAGUCCAUGCCCAGAAGUGUCUGAGCCAGAAUCAACCCGUCUGAUCGUCUUCACAGUCCAGACUUUAAACAACAAGCAGAUCAGUGCUGCGCCUUCACUAGGUGAGCAUAUUUGAGGCUGUAGUGUAAAAACCAAAUCAUGUGAUGCUUUAUCCAGCUUUUAAACACACUUUUGCUUUUCAGUCUCCAUCUGGGAGAUUCAAAAUGUGUUUCCUAUCAUCAGCGAGGCAGAUUGAUAAUACUAUGUUAUUAAAGCCAUCCUAUUCUGUAGAUGUUGUACCUAUCCCUUGUUAAAAGAGCAUCAUCUCCGUCAUCGGUAGUGUUAAUGGUGACACGUCGGCAUCAUUUUUAAAGUGUGGAUGAGAUGGUUGUGUAUUUGAGGAGUUGUUGUGUAGUUUGACCCUCAUUCUCUGAUAAGGACUUUAUAUUUCAUCCAGUCCAAUAUGCAUAUCACAUCCCUGAACCACUUGAGACAAGUAGAUUAGCGAGCUUCUGUGUGGAUUUAUGAGUGUGUGUACCACAUCGUAUUGAGAACGUGUUGACAUGUUUGGUGACUUUCAUCGCAUGCGAAUUGAUUUUAUCGUAUUAGUCCUGAUCAUUAUUAUUAUUUAUUGGCAUCAUAGCUGAGUGGUAAUUACUGAAUUGAUGCUCGGUUGGUUUUUAUGACUGAUAACAGACUUUUCCCCCUUUAGUUAAAGGUCCAGUGUUUAGGAUUUAGGGGGAUAUAUUGGCGUACAUGGUAUAUAAUAUUCAUAACUGUGUUUUCUUUAGUGUAUAAUCACCUGAAACUAAGAACUGUUGUGUUUUCGUUACCCUGAAUGAGCCCUUUAUAUCUGUAUACGGAGCAGGUCCUCUUCCACGGAGUGUUCUACAGCAGCCCAGAACAAACAAACCAAACACUGGCUCUAGAUAGGGCCGUUCACAUUUUCGUGUCAGCCACCAUAGCUCUGCACGCUUAGCGCACAGGAUAAGUUUCAGUUGGUUGCAAUGUCGCAAUCUCACUGCUAGAUGCCACUAAAUCCUACACACUAGACCUUUAAUCAAAGAAGUGUAUUGGCGUCUACCACAAGCACUAAAAGGUUCAUCACAGAUUUGUCAGUAUUAUAUUGUUCAAUGUAUUGAAAUGUUACUCAGCUUUAUUUUUUUAUGUUCACUACUUCUUUUCCCCGGCAGAUUGCUUUUACGUUUCACGAUAGACCAAAUCCUGUUUUGUAGAUACAUUUUUGCUCUCUUGUCGGCAAGUGCAAGACGAGUCGGGUGUGGGUGUCUCUUGGAAUUUUACUUUCUCCAGUGGUUUCUGUUUUACGAACUGCCUGUAUUGUUAGAACACUCACUUUUCACGAAAGGGCAAAAUGAUGUACUGUCGUCACUCAACGUAAAUCCCGUUCCAGCGGGCCCGCCUCCACUCUGAACAAGCCUACAGCCACACUACGCUGCUCUGCUGUAAGCUUUACUUGACUUGAAAACGGUAACAUGACGAACCAAAGACUUUACGUCCAGAGGCCUUCUGUUUUAACUGGUUGCUUCGAUUGAGCGCUUGAUUCAUUAUGCAGAGGAGGGAAAAAAAAAAAAACUCACACACAUCCUUACCCCAUCCCUCUCAUCUGAAACAUAACCAUUGAUGCUCAAAACUAAUGCUGACGGCAUACAAGACAAUUUCCUACGGAAAUGAAUAUUGCAGAUCUUUUCUGGUUUCUUUCUCUGCGGGCGAGGAGUGGUCGGUCAGGUGUGUCUCGUGGUACUCGGGUGUCACGUUCACUCAGAGGUGGACAGCGCUCCCUUCCUCCUGUGUACAGUUUAAAAAGUUUUGCCUGCUUCUCAACUCAGAGUAUUAUUUCUGGGGCAGCAGUAGCAAACAUCCUCAAUGCAGUGUAAAGAUACUCUCUUGUACAUUUGCCUUUUCUACUCAUGUUUGGUUUUCUACUUCAUUUUUUUCCUUGUACAUAAAGACCAAUAAAUUAUUUUUAAAAAUG